AUGGUGAUGGUGGUGGUGGUCGUGGUGACGAUGGUUAUGAUGAUGGUGGUGACAGUGGUGGCGGUGAUGGUGGUGGUGGUGGUGCUUGCCUUGAAGAACAACUGCAACAAGGUGGGCUUUGGGGAGCUGCAGAGGAUGAUAGAGGGCCGUGGCAUCACAGAUGACUUCCAGAGGGUCUCCUCGCUGCCACCCUAUCUGCCUGUGAGCUAUCAUGUCCUCCGAGCAGAGACCUCCUUCUUCCUCAAGGAAACCAACCAGGACCUCACGCGUAACUCCAGUCUGCAACGCAGAGUAGAGUCUUUCUUCACCUACAGGGCCAAGUGGCCCCCAAUUUUAAACACAAGCUAUGGGCCCUUUUCAGUGGAAAAGGUUGUGCCUCUGGACUUGAUGUUGACUUCAAACCUACUGGGUCCAACCAAUAAGUUUAGCUUCAACUGGAAGCUGAAAGCCUACAUCCUGCGGGACAGGGUCUACCUGAGCCGACCGCAGGUGCAGGUUCUGUUCUACAUCGUGGGCCGGGACUGGGACGACCACGGGGCCUCGGAGACGCUGCCCUGCCUGCGCGUGUUUGCUUUCCGCGAGACCCGGGAGGUGAGGGGCAGCUGCCAGCUGCGAGGCCCGCUGGGGCUGUGCGUGGCCAAGCUGGAGCUCCUGCCCGGCUGGUUCGGCGCCCCCACCGUGGUGGCCGGGAGGAAGAAGGCGGCCGAGCGGCCCGGGGGGAGCCCGGUGGAGCUGUACUACGCCAUCCAGCCGGGGGCCGAGCGCGGGGGCUGUGCUGGCGGUGACUUCAGGAAAGGCAAUGCUAUCCGGCCAGGGAAGGACGGGCUGGGCGAAGCCACCUCCCACCUUCACAGGAUUGGUACCGUCAGCCUUUACCGGACCCAGGACAGCGCCCAGCUCAGCGAACUGAGGCUGGACAGCAAUGUGGUCAUCUGGCUGCCGUCGAGGCCAGUCAAGCAGGGAGACGUGGUCACGGCCUACGUCACCAUUGCCAGCAACUCUACCGUGGACCUCUUCAUCUUGAGAGCCAAGGUGAAGAAAGGUGUCAACAUCCUGAACACGCAGACCAGUGAGCCUCAACAGUGGGCCUCCACGCAGGAAACAGGCAAUGGAGGCAAGCAUGCCACAACCACCGUGGUGUGUCAGCGCUUGGGGCCAGGGCCGUACAACAGAAGCAGCGGCCUGUUCAGCGAGGUCGUGCAGAUGAACUUUGAGAUUGCCAGCUUCAGCAGCCUCUCGGGGACGCAGCCUAUCACGUGGCAGGUGGAGUACCCGCGGAGAGGGACCACAGACAUCGCCAUGUCUGAGAUAUUCGUCAGUCAGAAGGACCUGGUGGGCAUCGUGCCCUUAGCCAUGGACACUGAAAUUCUCAACACGGCCAUCCUCACAGGAAAGACAGUGGCUGUGCCCAUCAAGGUGGUCUCCGUGGAAGAGAACUGUGCUGUCACGGACAUCUCGGAGUCAGUGGAGUGCAAGUCCACCGACGAGGACGUCAUCAAGGUGUCAGACCGCUGUGACUACGUCUUUGUGAACGGCAAGGAGAUGAAAGGCAAGGUGGACGUGGUGGUGAACUUCACGUAUCAGCACCUGAGCGCUCCCUUGCACAUCACCGUGUGGGUGCCCCGGCUGCCCCUGCAGAUUGAAGUCUCUGACACUGAGCUGAGCCAGAUUAAAGGCUGGAGGGUCCCCAUCGUGGCCAGUAAGAGGCCCACUCGGGACAGUGAGGACGAGGAUGAGGAGGAACGGCGGCGCCGGGGCUGUACGCUGCAGUACCAGCAUGCCACGGUGCGGGUCCUCACCCAGUUUGUGUCUGAAGGCCCCGGCCCAUGGGGCCAGCUGAGCCACCUGCUGAACCCCAACUGGCAGCUGGACAUCACCCACCUGGUGGCGGACUUCCUGAAGCUGGAGGAGCCGCGCAUUGCCACGCUCGAGGACAGCAGGGUCCUGGUCGGGCGGGAGGUUGGCAUGACGACCAUCCAGGUGCUGUCCCCGCUGUCAGACUCCAUCCUGGCAGAGAAGACGGUGACCGUGUUGGAUGACAAAGUGACAGUGACGGACCUGGCCAUCCAGCUGGUGGCCGGGCUGUCCGUCACCCUGCACCCCAGCACAGGGAACGGCAAGGCCAUCACAGCUGUGGCCACUGCCGAGGAGGAGCUGCGAGCCCCUAAACAGGAAGCCUUGGUCAGCACGUGGCUCCAGUUCAAUGACGGCUCUGUGACGCCCCUGGACAUCUACGACGCCAAGGACUUCUCCCUGGCCGCCACCUCCCUGGAUGAGGCCGUUGUCUCGGUGCCCCAGGGGCGCUCCCCGAGGUGGCCCGUGGUGGUGGCCGAGGGCGAGGGCCAGGGCCCGCUCGUCCGGGUGGACAUGACCAUUGCCGAGGCCUGCCAGAAGCACAAACGCAAGAGCGUGCUGGCCGUGGGCGUGGGCAGUGUCAGGGUCAAGUUCCGGCCGAGCGGCACCGCACGCAGCCCCAGGGAGGAUGAGGAGGCUGAGCACAUCGAGAACCACGCCAGUGACCGCCGGCUGAAGGGCCAGGACGCGCAGCCCCUCGGCGGCUCCUCCGGGGGGCGCGAGGAGGGGGCCCUUCGGAAAGCCUCCACCACGGUCCGGUCGCUGCUGGACAAGGCGGUGAGGACCAGCCGGCUGGACGGGGGCCGGCUGCCGGGAGAGGGGCAGCUGCAGAACAUCCCCAUCGACUUCACCAACUUCCCGGCCCAGGUGGACGCCCCCCGGGCGGGGGCCGGGCUGCAGGAGAGCGGGCUGGCCCCGGCGCCCCGCGGGCUCAGCGACCUAGAGAUCGGCAUGUACGCCCUGCUUGGGGUCUUCUGCCUGGCCAUCCUCGUCUUCCUCAUCAACUGUGCCACCUUCGCCCUCAAGUUCAGACACAAGCAGGUGCCGCUGGAGGGCCAGGCGCCCAGGCCCCACCCCCAUGACUGGGUGUGGCUGGGGACCGAGGCUGAGCUCCUGGAAAGCAGAGGGGACCUGUCCCCGCCCCGGGAGGAGCACACCACCAUUCUGGACCGGGGCCUAGGGGGCUGUGAGGAGAGCAACCUUCUCCUCCGUGGCCUGUCCCAGACGCAGGCUCAGGGCCAGCCAUGCCUCGUGGACUCCCAGGGUGGAGAGGAGCCCCUGCACUCACCCACCUCCAGGAGGAAGCGGGUCAAGUUCACCACCUUCACCACCAUCCCCGCGGACGACAGCUGCCCCACCGUCAACUCCAUCCUGGGUGCGAACGAGGAGGCCAUCCAGUGGGUGUGCCAGGAUGCAGGGGCCUGCACAGACCUGAGAGCCUACCUGGAGAAGUUCCAGGAGGAGGCAUAG